GUAUUUAUUAAACGUAACCAACAAUAUCAUGAAAUGAACGAAAGUACUCUUCUUGCAUGGCUUUUCAGUAUAAUUUACUCUUCUACCAUGCCUUUAAACUGCAGUUUGCAAAAAUCAAUGACAACUAGCAGGCCAAUACCUUUUCAUCGCCCUUUUUGCUCCUUAUAUAUACAUCAUCUUUUGUUACUUAGUCUCAAAACAAUCAGAGAAUUCACAAAGAUUUAAAAAAAAAAAUAUAUUGGAAUGGGGAGUCUAUCAAUUAGCAAUGGAGAAAAUAAUGGGUGUCUUGAGAAUUCUAUUUAUAGUAAUGGAUUAAUUGGGAAAGUUCAAUCUGAAGGUGAUCAACUUCAAAGAAAAAGUUGUUGGUAUGAAGAGGAGAUUGAGGAUAACUUAAGAUGGUCCUUUGCUCUUAAUAGGAUAUUGCAUACAGGAGUCACUCAGUACCAAGAUAUUCAACUUUUGGAUACAAAGCCAUUUGGGAAGGCUUUGGUUAUCGAUGGAAAGCUCCAAAGUGCUGAGAUUGAUGAAUUUAUCUACCAUGAAUGUCUUGUGCACCCACCAUUACUUCAUCAUCCUAAUCCCAAGUCUAUCUUUAUAAUGGGAGGAGGUGAAGGUUCAACUGCAAGAGAAAUUCUUAGGCAUAAAACUGUUGACAAGGUUGUCAUGUGUGACAUAGAUAAGGAAGUUGUUGAUUUUUGCAAGUCUUACUUGGUUGUGAACAAGGAGGCUUUUGGUGAUCCCAGGCUUGAGCUAAUCAUAAAUGAUGCUAGGGCUGAGCUGCAAAGCAGAGUAGAGAAGUAUGAUGUGAUCAUAGGAGACCUGGCUGAUCCACUGGAAGGCGGUCCAUGUUAUAAGCUUUAUACCAAAUCAUUCUAUGAAAAUGUUGUUAAGCCUAAGCUUACCAAUAAUGGUGUGUUUGUCACUCAGGCUGGACCAGCAGGAAUUUUCAGCCAUACUGAAGUUUUCUCUAGUAUUUACAAUACCCUUAAGCAUGUUUUUAAAUAUGUUAUUGCUUACUCGGCUCAUGUUCCUUCCUACGCUGACACUUGGGGUUGGGUCAUGGGAUCAGACUCUGAACUAAUGCUAAAAGCUGAAGAGUUUGAUCUUAGAAUGAAGCAGAGGAUGAAUGGUGAGAACAGAUUUCUGGAUGGCACAACUUUCCUUUCUGCAUCAACCUUGUGCAAAGCUGUUCGGAAAUCGUUGGACAAUGAGACUCAUGUAUACACUGAAGGAUGUGCAAGGUUUAUACAUGGCCAUGGUAAACUCAACUAAGGAAGAUUUGUUUUAUGACCCGUUUGGUACAUGGUGUUAAAAAGUAUGAAAUUUUAAAUGACGAAACUUGUAUUAAUUAGUAUGUUUAGGAUAUGGUGAAAAACUAAACGUUAUAGAUUGGUCUAAUGGUUGAAGGUUUUUUCUUAAGAUUUAAUUUUCAGCACUAAACAAAGAAUUAAUACCCUUCCCUUUUGUAUUUGUUUUUUUUUUGUUUGUUUGUUUAGUUAUCAAUAAAAAGAUAUAUAUUUAUUUUUGAAUCUGUGAAGUUUUGGAAUAUACUACUAUAAGGUAUAGUUUCCUAGCGAACUUAAAAGGUGGAUAUAUUCCAAGACUAGAGAAUCUUUAAUCACGUUUAAUGCCUUGCUCUUAUAUGACGAUAAUAUAGAGCAUCUUUCUAAAAA